AUGAAGCGGGAACAUCUCCUGUGGCUUGCAUCUUCGACAGCAGGUGCCUCUUCGCUGCUACAGUUCGGCCAAGGAGCCACGUUUGACUAUCCUGGGGUCCGCUUUGGGGCCGACAAGAAGUUCUCAAUCACUGUCUUCAGCGACUUGCAUUUCGGCGAACCGUCAUGGACUGGGGGAGGCAAGGGACCCGACGCCGACUGGAAGACCGUCGGAGUCAUGAACUCGGUUCUCGACAAUGAGCACUCGGAUUUCGUAGUCCUGAACGGUGACCUCACGUCUUGCGAGUUCGUCGCGCCGGAGAAUGUGACAGCCCUCAUCGACCAAGUCACCGCGCCGCUUGUCGAUCGCAACAUGCCAUUUGCUGCCACCUUUGGCAAUCACGACAUGUCCAAGACCUGCAGCACUCGCAUCAUGUCCGAGUACAUGUGGGGCAAUAUCAAGGGCAAGAAUGGGAAGAGAUUGUCCCUCACCACUUCUUCAGUCUCUGGUCCAUACGAACAGGUCGGCACAAGCAACUACUAUAUUCCAGUCUACGCUUCGACUGGAGGUGGAAACCCGCAGCUCUCCAUGAUGCUUUGGUUCUUCGACAGCAAGGGCGGUCGCGACUACGGAAAGGUCGAUGCUAACGGCAAAGACGUGCCAGUGGCUGGCUGGGUAGACGACAAGGUCACGUCCUGGUUCCGUCUUACGCGCGACGCUGUUCGUCAGCAACAAGGCCGAGUGAUUCCCAGCUUGGCCUUCGUGCAUAUCCCUGUUCAUUCCACUCAGGCCUAUCAAGAUCAGGGUCGCGAGCCAGCGACUGCCCCGGGUCUUAACGAAGAAUUGAUUGGCCACCAGGGUGAGGUUUGCGACAGCGACAACAACUGCAACUACAACGGCGCCGACACGCCUUUUAUGGAGGCGCUCGUCGAGACGGAGGGACUCAUGGGCGUCUUCUCUGGUCAUGAUCAUGGUGUAGACUGGUGCAUGAAGUGGUCCAAGGAUCUGCCCAACAACUCUCCAGCGAACGGUAAUGGCCUCAACCUCUGCUUCAACCGACACUCUGGAUACGGUGGCUAUUCCGAGUGGACGCGCGGAGGUCGACAAAUCGUCGUCGAGGAAGACAAGCUCGGCGAGAAUGUACUUGAAACGUACAUUAGGCUCGAAGACGGCAGUGUGUCUGGUCGAGUCACUCUAAACUCCACCUAUGGUACAGAUAGGUACCCUCCAGUGGCAAAACUGAAGAGCACUGGCUUGUAGAACAAGUCCGCGUCGGCGUCGAAGCUCAUAGCUAUGAUCAGGAAUUGGCGAGAGAAGAUUGCAAAGCUGGUUUCGAAACAUGCUACGCCUGCGAGAAUUGAGGCCAUCAUAUACGAGUAGAAUGGGGCCGAUGGAUACGACUACCUCCAGGCCUGCGGAUAGCAAUACCUAUGUACAUGUAAUAUACAAC